UUUUCGUAUGUUUACGUCCCUGAAUUCUUCAGUCAUAUUUCCAGAUAUUUCCGAUCAAGAAGUACAGCCCAUUCAUUGUAUACACCACACCACUUGCUUGAAACGACCGACCACUUUUCCUUACCUUCGGGAUGACCCUUCGCGUAAUGCCACCACCCAAAACCUUCACGGUGCACUCCUCCCUCCUCUUCGACCCCAAGCAAAAGGCCUUCCGGAAGAACAUCUCGAUAGAAAUCGACCGGGACACGGGCUCCAUAGCCAAUGUUUACGAACGUGACGACGACGAUGACCUUCGGCUUCAGAUCCAAGCCGGGGACAUCGACCUAAGAGGCGGCGGCAAGUGCGUCCUGCCCGGUGUGGUGGAUAGUCAUACGCAUGUUUUUUUGCAUUCGUAUGUCGACCGCCCCUCCAUAGAACAAAUGCGCGACGCCUCCCCCGUCGAACGCAUCCUCCGCGCCACCUCGCACGUCCGCGCCGCCUUGCUCGCAGGAUUCACCACCUACCGGGACCUCGGCACCGAAGCCCUCGGCCCCGCCGACGCGCAACUACGUGAUUGCAUCAACCGGGGUCUAAUCCCGGGUCCCCGCCUUUUCGUGGCAACCGACGCUUUGGCCUCCAACGGCUCCUACGAGAUCCGGCGCGAGAACAAGUCCCUCUCCGGCAGUGGCAGUGGUGGGCUCCUCGUCCCGCGGGCCUCCGACCCGUGCGAUGGUGUCGACGGGGUGCGCGCCGGUGUCCGGCGCAGAGUAGGCGACGGCGCGGAUAUCAUCAAAUUCUACGCCGACUACCGCCGCAAAGUAAUGCGUUUCCCCGGUCCCGGGGUCUCGAAUACCUCCAACCAACCCAUCCUCUUCCCGCCCGACGACCCGCGCAAGCGCAACCCUGCUGUGCCGCUUUUUGGGCAGGACGAGAUGGACGCCAUCGUGCGCGAAGCGAAACUAGCUCAACUCCCUGUGGCCGCGCACGCGGGCGAGACCAAGGCCGCGCUGAUGGCGGCGCGGGCGGGCGUGACGACUGUGGAACACAUGUUUGAAGAUACCAACGGGUUGUUGGAUGAAGUCCUGAAGGAGAUGAAGAGGCAGGGAACGAUCUGGGUGCCGACGCUGGCGACGGUGGAGAGUGCCGCGCCGCAGUUUAUGGAGGCGUGCCUUGCGGCUGUGAAAAAAGCAGUAGACGCGGGGGUGAGGGUGGUGACGGGGGGCGAUACGGGGGUGAUUGAUCAUGGGCUGAAUGCACGCGAAAUAGAGUUGUUUGUCAAGGCGGGGAUUCCCCUAGAGGAGGUGUUGGAGAUGGCGACGGUGGGCGGGUGGGAGGCGUGCGGCGGGGAGUUGACGGGGUAUCGGUUUGGCUGGUGGGAGAAGGGGUGUAGGGCGGAUAUCAUCGCGUUGGACGCGGAUCCGAGAGAGGAUGGGAAGGCGCUGAGGAAGGUGGGGUUUGUGAUGAAGGAUGGGAAGGUCUGGAAGCGGGAUGGACGGGCGGUUGAUAUGAUCACUGUCCCGGAGUUUCCGCCGUCCAUGGAUGAUUGAUGGUUGUGGUGAAAGGCCUGGCUGGUGUGGAACUGAGAGUGACACGAGGAGUUGGUGAUACUAUCACCGAACAAGCUCGGGACUGUUUGGUGUCUGUUGCCGACAUCUCUUUGUGAAAAGAAUAGCCUAAACCGGAUAUAAGAGUGGACGGCAAGCAAGAUGUGAUGAUGAUGUUCGCAGUAAAAUUCAGGCUUACUUACAAGCAUGACUUGCCUUUCUCAGCAAGAGAAUACCAUGAAUUCUCUCGGUGUAAGCUAUGUACAGUCAAAGUGUGGUUAGUAUCUACGUAACCCAUAUCCAAGCUGAUGUGACUUCAUACACAUGCCCCUGGGUGUGGCCGGCUCCAGUCGUGAAGAAUGCGAGAAUUUUGUGGCGAAGGAAAAGGUAUAAAACAUUAAUUCAUAGGUAGUCUCCAAAAACUCCCUCUAAUGCUUCGUGGCAG